AUGUAUCCUACACUACUUGUGUUUGCUAGCCUUGUGGCCGCCAUCGCCAGUGUUGGCUCUCAGGACACCUCGUCAAACGAACCUGUGAACGCAUGGAAGACUGUGACUCUGCCUGGCGCUUUUUACCUCAUGUACCGUUCCUCCGAAAAUGAUGAUGGCUUCGGAGGCACCGCGAAAUGUGUCUCCAUACAAUUGUCCGAGGCAAACGAAGGAACCAAGACCACGACGAGCACAAUUAAAUACAAGGACCCUAACACGAGCAAAAUGACAGAAAAGACCGUGCGUAUCACGGUGGCUGGUUCAGGAGGCGACACCAUCCGAAUAGGCAAUGCGGAGGGAGCGGCACCUGAAAAUAAGUUUGUUUUUUCGGAUUACGGAACCUGUGACGUGGUUGUCGUUUCGGGAACAGACGGAAAAAAAUGUGAACUCUGGGUCAGUGCACAAGCGUUAACUUCCGGAGGCGAUACAAGCGACAAUAAGAACAUCAAUAAAUGCAAACAAGAAUACGAUAACCAAUGCGCAAACCAAAAGAAAUACCAAAUCUACGAUGAAGGUACAUGCAGUUCCAAAUAA